CCGGUCCACGAAGCUUUUCACCCUCAACGAUCAUCUUUUUCCAAAAACCGCCUCAUCCUCACGAUGCCGAUCUUCUUCCUCCUCGCUACAAUAUCCACGUCCCUUGCCCUAAUCUUUGCCUCUCUCUCGACGUCGGUGAUCAUAUCAAGGAGGCGGAGGAGGAGGAGAUCCGUCGGAUUCUUCCAUCCGUACACCAACGACGGCGGCGGAGGGGAGAGGGUCCUUUGGUGCGCGGUUAGGGCAGUUCAAGAGGAGGAUCCCGAUCUCGAGGUCUCGGUUUUCACCGGAGACGAUGCCACGCCAGAGAGCUUGUCUUCUCGAGCGCUCGAUCGAUUCGGCGUCCAGCUUCUUCGCCCUCCGAUGGUUGUUCGGCUGUCCAAAAGGAAGUGGAUUGAGGAGAAGGCCUAUCCACACUUCACUAUGAUUGGACAAAGUAUGGGUUCUGUUUACCUUUCAUGGGAGGCUCUACGAAAAUUUACACCUCAAUUUUAUUUUGACACCAGUGGCUAUGCAUUUACAUAUCCACUUGCCAGGAUAUUCGGAUGCAAAGUAAUUUGCUACACACACUAUCCUACAAUCAGCUCUGAUAUGGUAUCUCGCGUUCGACAGCGUAGUUCAAUGUAUAAUAAUGAGGCUCUGAUUGCUAAAAGUAUUUGGCUAUCCCGAUGCAAGGUAAUUUAUUACGCAUUCUUUAGUUGGUUGUAUGGUUUCGUGGGGUCAUAUGCACAUCUUGCAAUGGUGAAUUCUUCAUGGACAAAAUCCCAUAUUGAGAACUUAUGGAAGAUUCCUGACCGUACUAGGAGAGUUUACCCUCCAUGUGAUACAUCAUCUCUACAGGAGCUCCCAUUGACAAGGGCAGCCGAGGUUCCUAUAUUUAUAUCUGUAGCCCAAUUUCGGCCAGAAAAGGCUCACACCCUUCAACUUGAGGCAUUUUCACUUGCUGUCCAGAGACUUGACUCUGACUUGCCUAAACCUAAGCUCCAGUUUGUUGGUAGUUGUAGAAAUAAGGAAGAUCUCGGGAGGUUGCAAAACUUAAAAGAUAAAUCUAGGGAAUUAAAUAUGGAUGAGCAUGUGGAAUUCCACAAGGAUAUAACGUACAGGGACUUGAUACGACUUCUCGGAGGUGCUAUUGCAGGCCUUCAUUCCAUGAUUGAUGAGCAUUUUGGCAUAAGUGUUGUAGAGUACAUGGCAGCUGGUGCCAUCCCAAUCGCCCAUAAUUCAGCUGGCCCCAGAAUGGAUAUAGUUCUAGGUGAAGAUGGAUGCCAAACGGGAUUUCUCGCUUCUAAUAAAGAAGAAUAUGCGGAUGCUAUCCUAAAGGUUUUAAAUAUGACAGAGGCAGAGAGGCUCACACUUGCUGCAGCUGCAAGAAAGCGAGCUCAGAGAUUUUCGGAGCAGAAAUUCUAUGAGGAUUUUAGAGCAGCAAUUCACCCGCUCAUCGCUAAUCCAACAGCUUUGAGGUGAAGAAAGAGAAAAGUGUACUUCCAAAGGGUUUUCCCCUCUGCAACAAGGCAUGCUAUGGUGCAUGGCAGUUACCCUUUAAAAUCUUAUGAUCGAAAGGGUUGUGAUGCUAGUCAAGAGAUGUGCAGUGGUGGAGAUAAGACGAUGCAUGAUAAAGCGACAUGAAUUCUAAUUUACGGGGUCCUUAUUUUUGUGAGCGCACAGUGCUGAUCUUUCCCUCUUUAUUUUAUACCUGCUAGAGUGGAAACUUGUUGACUUCCGUAUAAAAGGGUAUAUACGGUUUUUUAACUCGUGCUGAUGGUGGGGGGAAAGAAAACUGAUAUGUAGAUACUUUUGACACAAAAAGAGAGAGAGAGAGAUGUUACCCUCUGUUUUGGGUCAUUGAGUUCGACGAAAAAUAUAUAGCAUGAUAGCAUGAGAGUAUGUACAGAUAAGCGAAGGAGGAGCAUGUAAGUCGAAACUAUGAUUUUGAAUGGUUGCAUAAUUUCAACUCCCAUGCUCGUCCUUCGUUUAUGUUUACAUACUGUCAUAAUGUAUAUUUCAAUAAAACCUAUGCCUGUUCCUGAA